AUGCUGAGAGUUAAGCGAAGAGCUAGAUACUUAAAUGGACAGCAAAAAAAUGGAGACAAGCUGCAUUAUAAAAGCACAGGCAUAGUUGUUGAAAACAGUUUACGUAACACAUCUAUUCUCACCUCGUCAGCUUUGGUUAGCACAUCAGAUAGUGGACGUAGGUUCAUCUUUGGACUGAAGAUAAAAUUGCGCCUUCCAAAUAACCAAGUGGUCGAUGGGUGGAUACAACAUUCUGUUUUGCCUUUCAGUAUGGUUAUGGUGGUCACUACAUAUUCCCCUGAUCUUCGUACAGAUGGAAGUGGUGGUCCACUUGUUGAUCCUGAUGGGAAUAUUGCUGGGAUGAAUGACUACCAUGAUCAGGAAGGAACUCCAUAUGUGCAAGGAAAUAAGAUUGAUGAAUGUUUGAGGGUUGCUCGGAUAAGGUAUGUUAUCUAG